UUGUCACUCAAAUUAAAUUGAGAAUGGAAUCCAACAAAAUGUACGCGUACUUUGUGCAGUGAAAGUCAUCCUCAACCCGCCCGGAUUUCUGUCUCAUAGGAGCGGUGUUGGAAGAAUUUUGUUCUGCCUGCAAAUAAAAAAGUCAUUUAGUGUCCGUACUCCGGCUGACGUUAAUAGAUAAGUACAAGAAAUGGCAAUGUUCACGACGGCUCUAGCCCGUCAAUCGUAUCAAAUUUUCGGAAAAGGCGUCUUCCAACGUCAACUACAACUUACGCCAGCAGCAGCAAAAUGGCUAGCUACCUCUUCAUGUGCAAAGGCGGACGUUCUUAAACAGGGGGAAGAUUUUUGGGACAAGAAUAAGCGUCUAAAUCGCCCAAUGUCACCACAUUUGACAAUCUACAAAUGGCAAGUUACCAUGAUUGGUUCUAUCACACAUCGAGCAACGGGUUUGGCCAUGUCAGGGAUCAUGUCUGGAUUCGCAAUUGGAAUGCUCAUGCUGCCUGGAAGCUUUCCUCACUAUUUGGGCAUUAUCGAAUCCAUGCAUUACGGAGGUGCUUGUAUUUUCCUGUUGAAAUACGCCCUGUCUUGGCCUUUCAUGUUCCAUUUUGCUAACGGGAUCAGGCAUUUGGCGUGGGAUAUGGGAAAAGGAUUCGAAAACAAGGAAGUCGCAACUACCGGGGUGACCGUUGCUGCGAUUGCUACUGCCCUUGCCAUUAUUGUCUCAGUUAUGUAGGGAAAACAAGUCAUUUAAUUAAAAAGUAUUCAGAUAAAGUCAGUUUUUGUGAUGCGAUCAUGUUACAUAUAUAACAUUGGACAAUUUGAACAAAAUGCUAAUAAUUCGUACUGGCAAGUUGUAAAGUUCUAUGUAGUAGAAUGAAGUAAUAAAUAACUUAAUCUAAGUAAUUUAUUGUUGGAA